CAAGCUUCUCCCGUUCGCCGUUCUGUGCUCUUCUCUUCUCUUCUCUCUCUCUCUCUCUGCCCCCGUCUCUCUCCGUGUGCGUGUGUGGUUUCUCGGCAUCUAUAUAUAAGAACUCCACUGGUUCUUCUCACCCCUGGCUCCCUCCCUCCCUCCCUCGCUCUCCCUCGAGGAAAUUAAUCCGGUCUCCGUCCCGGCCUGGUUCAUUGGAGGGGAGCCCCAACAGGGGAAGGCGGGCUGCACAAGGAAAGUCUCAGGUGAUCGUCUAAUUGAUUAGCAUGGACGAACACAUGGGGCGACGGACGGUCGGCGGCCUCCUCUUCACCAAGGGGGGCUCCAUCCUUCUCUUCAGGGAGGACAGCUCCCGCCGCAAGGCCGGCGCUUGCUGCUCGCGCAAUGGCUGCAACGGCACCCGGCAUUCGGCAGACAAAGGCCGGCCAAUGCACAGCCACAGGGAAGCAGCAUCCGCAGCAGCCAAGGAAGCAGCACCGACCCCCAGGAGAUCACAGCCUAUCAGGAAGUCUCCACAGGGAAGCAGCAAUCCAGCAGAGCCCUGUAGCGAAACCGACAACGGGACAGGAGAGGCGGCGGCUCCCGGUGCCGGGCGUGACCUGCUGGCACGCCUCAAGGACAGGGUGAACGCGUCGAGGAAGCGGUCGCUGGCCAGGGAGAUGAGCAGCCCGUCGUCAUCGUCCGGUGGAUUCAGUGCCAGUUCUUCUGGCGGUGGCGCCACCCGGUCAUCAGCGGUGUCGAAGCCCACGCGCCGUGCUGUGUCCCGGAUAAGGAAGGCAGACGAAGGCGAAAACGCAGGAGGUGGUCGCAGGGCGCCUAGGAGGGACACCGGUGGCGGCGAUGCCAGGGGGAAUUCAGGUGACCCAGUGAUGGUUGGGCAGAGGGCAGCAAGGGAGCAGGCGCCUACCGAAGGGUUCAUCUCUGGGUUCCUGGCCAGGUACAGGGGUAGUCUCCAGGGAGGGUCGUCUCUUCAGGACGGCACCGAGGACUCCAGCGGGUACUGGCGCUUCGACGUCGAGGGCAGCGAAGAGAUGGAGAAUUACUUCAUGCUCAGCGACCGGCACCGGGCGAUGAGGAUGGACAUCGACGGCAUGUCCUACGAGGAAUUGCUGGCGUUGGGUGACCGGAUCGGCACGGUGAACACGGGGCUUUCCGAGGACGCGUUGUACAAGUGCCUGAAACGAAGCUUGUACACGCCCACAGCCCCAGAGACCCACCAAGACUGCGACAGAAAAUGCAGCAUAUGCCAGGAGGAGUACUCUGGUGGUGAGGAGGUGGGGAACAUGGCGUGUAAGCACUACUACCACAUCACCUGCAUACAGCACUGGCUCCGGCAGAAGAACUGGUGCCCCAUCUGCAAAUCCGUCGCCGCCAAGACCGUCUAGCACUAGCACUAGCAGCCUCUGCUUGUUUAGUGUAUAAACAGAUUCUCCCGAAAUGUCUAGACACAAGAUUUGUAUUCUUUUUUCCAUUCUCUAGAAUGAAACAUUUGUUUGUGCCUUCAAGACUUCUUGUCUUCCUUCAGUUCACAAGGUUCAGUGAACAAUGAAAAAGGGAACAGGAAAUAAACUCUUGGUUA